GUCGCCACAAGCGCCGGGCGACGCAUUCCCAGAGGCUAACGCAGCGCGUGCCCGUCGCCUGCAGAUAACAUCACCACCUCGCCGCUCGCCGCGCACCGCCGUGUCCUCGUCGCCCGCGCUGCUGACGCUUCAUCGGCGUGCACACCGCGGCCUCGUUUCGCUGUUCUUUUAAGCGCACGGCUCGUUUCAGCGGUAUAAGCGCGGCGCUGAGCUCCGCCUGAGGUCGUUGAGAGACUGCUGCUCUGCUAGGCACAACACACACCACACACGCAACGAUGCGGCUCACCACCUUAUCCCCCGGGCUCGCCGCCCUCGCCCUCCUCAACUUCACCCCCCUCUUCGGGCUCACCCCCCUCGCCACCGCCCAAAACCUCGAAAUCCUCACCACCCACGCAGUCCCCUGCGCCCGCCCCUCGCGCCCCGGCGACACGCUCGCCAUGCAGUACGCCGGCACACUGACCGACGGCACGCCCUUCGACUCCAACGUCGGCGGCGCGCCGUUCGUGUUCAAGCUGGGCGCCGGGCAAGUGAUUAAAGGCUGGGACGAGGGGUUGCGCGGGAUGUGUGUCGGGGAGGAGAGAAGGUUGAGGAUUCCGCCCGGGAUGGCGUAUGGCGGGAGGGGGACGGGGGGGAUUCCGGGGGAGAGUACGUUGGUUUUCGAGACGGUGUUGUUGGAGAUUAAGGGUGUGGCGAAGGAGGAGCCGCUGGAGGAGCACAAGGGCGAGAUGGAUACCGGGAAUGAACCUGUGCUGCCUUCGCCUACACCUACACCUGCGGCUACGCCUAUAGCUACGCCCACACCCGCGGCUCAUGACCAACCCAUGCCGCCCCCGCCGGCAGACAAAUCAAUAUCUGCCGCCCUCCCCAUCCCGACCACCCCCGACACCGCAGCCGCCGCCGGCAAGCACCCGCUCGAUGGCGAAGACGGCAAGGGCGAAUGCAACCUGCUCGGCGACUUUGCGCUGCUGGUGCAGGGCGCGCUGGGCCUGCUCGCCGUGUCGUCGCUGGCCGUCAAGCGGCUGCGCGAGCACCCGCGGCGCCCGCUGAAGAUCUGGUUCUUCGACGUCAGCAAGCAGGUGUUCGGCUCCGUGCUGCUGCACCUGGCCAACAUCCUCAUGUCGAUGCUGUCGUCGGGCCAGUUCGACGUGGCCGCGCAGACGGCCGCCGCCGCCGCCGCCGCUGCCUCCGACAAGGGCGACGAGCCGAAUCCGUGCUCGUUCUACCUGCUCAACCUGGCCAUCGAUACCACCCUCGGCAUCCCCAUCCUCGUCCUCCUGCUCAACCUCCUCCACCGCGCCUUCCUACACACCCCGCUCGCCAACCCCCCCGAGUCCAUCCGCAGCGGCAACUACGGCCACCCGCCGCGCGCCACCUGGUGGCUCAAGCAGUCCUUUAUCUACUUCCUCGGCCUCAUCGGCAUGAAGUUGUGCGUCCUCGUCAUCUUCGCCCUGCUGCCCUGGAUCGCCUGGGUCGGCGACUGGGCCCUGCGCUGGACCGAGGGCAACACGGCGCUGCAGAUCGCGUUCGUCAUGUUCGUGUUCCCGCUUGUUAUGAAUGCGCUGCAGUAUUGGAUCGUGGAUGGGUUUAUUAAGGAUCCGGCGGGUGCGGAGGCCGGGUAUGAGGGUGUUGGGGAUGAGGACCGUGAUGAUGAGGACGAUGAGGCGGAUGAGGCGUGGCUGGAGCGGCGACGUCGCGAGGUCGGCAUCGAUGGGGAUGAGGUGGAGGGGCCGCUUAAGGAGGCGAAUCCGACGGGUGUGCCGGUGCGCAGGCAGUAUGAUCCGGCGGUUGAUGGGGAGGCGAGUAAGUCGCGCACCGAUUAGGGCACCGACUAGGGGGGCGUCUACUGGUGUCCUCACACCCAAGGCGGGGUUUGUAGUAUUAGACAGAGCAAACUGUAUUUCUAGGCGUUUGUCUUGGGGCGGACGCGAGUGGCGUGGUUCGCGGUCCCUUGUUGAUGCUCUGUGCUCGAUCUCUUCUCAAUGCCUUCUGUGCUCGAUGCUUUCUAUGCUCGCUACUCUCCGUACUCUAUGCCUUCUAUACUCUCAUCCCCC